AUGGCUGCUCACAACCCCUCGCACACCCAGUGCUUGGAGCUGAAGAGCGAGGUGUCUACCUGCCUGGGCCUGGGAGCGCCUCCGCCAGCAGACAGUCUCUGGACGGUGCAGCUCAAAGAAUACCCUACCAGUCCCCGGAGAGGGUGCAGCAACUCCUCCACCCCAGGCUCCUGCUGCCAGGAGGGGACCGAUGGAAUCUCGUGGCUGCAAACCCUGAUCCACGUAGUGAAAGGCAACAUCGGCACCGGGCUUCUGGGGCUGCCCCUGGCCAUGAAGAACGCGGGCAUCGUGCUGGGUCCCGUCAGCCUGUUGGCGAUAGGCCUCCUGGCCGUGCACUGCAUGGGGGUCCUGGUGAAGUGUGCCCGCCAUUUCUGCUGCAGGCUCAGCAAGCCCUUCAUGGACUAUGGGGACACCAUGAUGCAUGCCCUGGAGGCCAGCCCCUGCACCUGGCUCCAUGACCACGCCCGCUGGGGGAGGUACAUUGUGUUCUUCUUCCUGAUUGUGGACCAGCUGGGCUUCUGCUGUGUGUUCCUUAUGUUUCUGGCAGAUAACUUGAAACAGGUGAUCGAAACAGCCAACGGGACCACAGCCGACUGCCGGGGUAGAGGGGUCGUGACCCCCACACCCACCGUGGACGCCCGCGUCUACGCGGUGUCGGCACUGCCCUUCCUGGUGCCGCUGGUGUGCGUCCGGAACCUCCGCGCCCUGUCCACCUUCUCGGCGCUGGCCAACGUCCUCAUGCUGGGAAGCCUCGUCCUCAUCUUCCAGCACCUCCUCCAGGAAAUCCCAGACCCCGGCAGCCUGCCUCUGGUUGCAAACUGGAAGACCUACCCACUUUUCUUCGGGACAGCAAUCUUUGCCUUCGAAGGUAUUGGCGUGGUUUUGCCUCUGGAAAACAAGAUGCAGCACCGUGCCCAGUUCCCACUUGUCCUCUACGGGGGGAUGUUCAUGAUCAUCAUCCUGUACAUAAGCCUUGGGGCCUUGGGCUACCUCAAGUUUGGGGCCACCACCCAGGCGAGCGUUACCCUCAACCUCCCCAACUGCUGGUUGUACCAGUCUGUCAAGCUCCUCUACUUGGGCGGCAUCUGCCUCACCUACCCCCUGCAGUUCUAUGUCCCUGCGGAGAUCAUCGUGCCCUUUGCUUUGUCCCGGGUGCCGAACCGCUGGGCCUUCGCGGUGGACCUGGGCGUCCGCACAGCCAUGGUCUGUCUGACAUGUAUCUUGGCCAUCCUCGUCCCCCGCCUGGACCUGGUCCUCUCCCUGGUGGGCUCCGUGAGCAGCAGCGCCCUGGCCCUCAUCAUCCCGCCCCUCCUGGAGAUCUCCACCUACUACUCAGAGGGCAUGAGCCCCCUCACCAUCACCAAGGACGCCCUGAUCAGCAUCCUGGGCUUCGUGGGCUUCGUGCUGGGGACCUACCAGGCCCUUAACGAGCUGAUCAAGUCAGGAGACUCUCUCCCCUUUCCCAAUGCCACUGGCACCUUGGAACAGUCAACUAUUUCCAACUCAGCACUUCCCUCUUCACUUCCUAAACUGACAUUCUAG